CCCUGUACGGCCUCCCAUUGCUGCUGUCUCCAUCGCCACACUCUGCCAUGUGCCACUUUCAGGUCUCCUCACACUGCUGCUGCUUCUGCUCCGCCACUCUGCCAUUGGACUCUUGAUAGUCGUCUCCCCACACUGCUGCUGGGGGGACUUUUUAACAUAGGCCUCUGUAUGGCCUUCAAUUUAAGCUGCUUACGCUUCGCCACUCUGCCAUGGGCCCCUGUACCGCCUCCUCUUGCUGCUGCCAGGUCCAGAGUGUGUGUCAUGGGUCCCUGUACGGCCUCCCAUUGCUGCUGACUUCAUCGCCAGACUCUGCCAUGUGCCACUUUCAGGUCUCCUUACACUGUUGGUAAGUUCCAUUUUGUGAUAGGGUGCUGUAUGGCCUUCCAUUGCUGCUGCC